AUCACCUGUUUCCACAUUUUGCUUUUCCUUAUCCAUUUCCUCGGUCUCCCCAGCCUUUUGGGGAGAGCUGUUGACAUCCAUUGGAUCAGCUCACAGGUCCUCUGAAAGAUAGAUGCAACUCUGCAGGACAGACAAACGACAGUGGCCAUGGAGACGAUUCAUAGCAGCUCCCUGCCUUCCCACCAUGAUGACCUGGAGGCUUUUCCUGACAAGACCCUGGAGACCUGGGACAUCGUGGUGCUCGUCCUCUAUUUCGUAUUUGUCCUAGCUGUAGGACUUUGGUCUAUGUGGAGGACCAAGAGAGACACCGUUAAAGGCUAUUUCCUCGCUGGAGGGGACAUGGCAUGGUGGCCGGUGGGAGCUUCUCUCUUUGCCAGUAACAUAGGAAGUGGGCAUUUCAUUGGCCUGGCUGGGUCAGGAGCAGCUGUGGGGAUUUCUGUAACAGCUUAUGAGUUUAAUGGGAUCUUCUCUGUGCUGAUGCUGGGCUGGAUCUUUCUUCCUAUCUACAUUGCUGGAAGAGUCACCACCAUGCCAGAGUACUUACGGAAGAGAUUUGGAGGCAAACGGAUUCCCUUGUUCUUGGCUGUUCUCUAUUUAUUUAUCUAUAUCUUCACCAAAAUCUCGGUGGACAUGUAUGCAGGUGCCAUCUUUAUCCAGCAGUCCUUACACUUGGAUUUGUACCUUGCAGUAGUGGGGCUGUUGGCAAUUACAGCUCUAUAUACAGUGGCAGGUGGCCUGGCAGCUGUGAUCUACACAGAUGCUCUGCAGACUGUUAUCAUGCUGGGAGGAGCCUUCACUCUAAUGGGAUACAGUUUUGCUGCAGUUGGUGGUAUGGAAGGGCUGAAGGACAAAUACUUCACAGCUGUAGCCAGCAAUCGGAGUGCAAAUAACAGCUGUGGGUUGCCUAGAGAUGAUGCUUUCCAUAUUUUCCGAGACCCUGUAAAUUCGGAUCUCCCCUGGCCAGGAAUCCUUCUUGGAAUGUCAGUUCCUUCACUUUGGUACUGGUGUACUGAUCAGGUGAUUGUCCAACGGUCUCUUGCUGCCAGAAAUCUUUCCCACGCCAAGGGGGGCUCGCUGAUGGCCGCAUACCUGAAGGUGCUGCCUCUCUUCCUGAUGGUGAUGCCUGGCAUGGUCAGCCGAGUUCUCUUCCCAGAUUUGGUUGCUUGUGCUACUCCUGAGAUCUGCCAGAAAAUCUGUGGCAACUCUGCUGGAUGCUCUGAUAUUGCUUAUCCCAAACUUGUCCUGGAGCUCCUGCCCUUAGGGCUCCGGGGACUGAUGAUGUCCGUGAUGGUGGCUGCACUGAUGUCUUCCCUCACCUCCAUCUUUAAUAGUUCCAGUACCAUCUUCACUAUGGAUCUCUGGCUUCAUUUUCGGCCCAAAUCUUCCGAAUGGGAACUCAUGAUUGUGGGCAGAUUGUUUGUGCUGCUGCUGGUUGUGGUGUCCAUCCUCUGGAUCCCGUUGGUACAGGCAAGCCAAGGUGGCCAGCUCUUCAUUUAUAUCCAGUCCAUCAGCUCUUACCUGCAGCCUCCAGUGGCCAUUGUUUUCAUCUUGGGCUGUUUCUGGAAGCGAACGAAUGAAAAGGGGGCCUUCUGGGGUCUGCUGGUGGGCCUGUCCAUAGGCAUGAUCCGGCUGGUGCUGGACUUCAUCUAUGUGCAGCCCCGAUGUGACCAGGUUGAUGAGCGUCCAGGUGUGGUGAGGUACAUUCACUACCUCUACUUCUCCAUGAUCCUGUCCAUCAUCACACUGGUCACUGUGGUCACAGUGAGUUGGUUCACAGAGCCGCCUUCUAAAGAGAUGGUCAGUCGUUUGACCUGGUUCACUCGCCACGAUGCCUGGAUCCAAGAGGAACAGGUAGUAGCAGACCCAGUACCGCUGAGCACCUCGAAGAGUGUCACCCCAGAGGGCAGAAGCACCAGCGCCAACUUGGAGAUCUCCCACGAUACUGUUUGUAAACCUCAGAGCUGCAAUGUUACUGCAAAAUCAUCCAAAGUGAAGAAAGCCAUCAUUUGGCUCUGUGGAAUGGACAGCAAGACUAAUGAAACAUCGAUGAAGAAACCUGAACCUAUUGUGGCUUCCUUAGAAGAAAAUUCUCUUGUCAGAAGGAUUCUGGAUAUCAACCUAAUCAUCUGUAUCAGCACUGCCAUUUUCCUCUGGGCCUACUUUGCCUAAGGAUGGCUUUGGGGGAUGGAAGGGAAAGACUGUUAGCUGAAUUUCAAGGUUUUACUCUUCCUAAUUUUCUGAUUCAUGAAAACAAAACAGUUGGUGACUUAGAAUUUAUUUUGUUUUUUUAAAAACCACUGUGGUGUCAGUUUUUUCUAGACCUUCAAUACAAAUGAAUUUUAGGUCUGCGUUUCUGUGAGAGAAGAGGCAAAAAGAUAUGAGGGGAUGACAAGCUGUCUUCAUUUCUAAAAUCCUUUGCUAGAAAAAUUCACAUAGCUCAGCGAUUUGAGAGAUUUUAAAUGACAGACAAAAAAUCCAUUGCUGUUAUUUAUCCUUGCUCUGUUAAAGGAUGCCCAUGAAUUGGGUAUGAAAUGAGAUGGAGCUUUGCUAAGUGAAGGGGUUAGUGAACACUAUAUUGUAUUUAUGCUUUACCCAUUUUACUUUUAUUGCUUACUGAGACAUAGUGAGCUGGCCUUGGAGCCAAGAAACCUGAAUUCAAGUCUUGCCUGAUACAUAAUGGCUAUUAUUUGAGGCCUCUCACUUAAUAAAGCAACUCUAAGACAAUAAAUCAUAGAGAAGGUGGCAAGAAGGGAACUUACUCAUUUGGGGAAUAUAUAUUAAUGAAAUUAUAAAUGCAGUCCUUAAUCAGAAAAUCCACUUCUGUUCCUGUCUUUGGGCAUCAUUUCCCUUCUCUGGGUUUUGUCUUCCUCAUUUAUAAGAUAGUGUGUAUACAUGAGAGGGAGUAAAGGAGGAAAGAAGAUUGGAUUAGAUGAUUAUAAGGGUCCUUUUCCCAGCUCUAAUAUUCUUAGGCUCUGUGGAUUAUACUAUGGGUCUUCUUCAGUAAGCCUUCUUGACCAGGUAGGCUUAAAUAGAAUCUGAGGAAUUGAUGGAGAAUGGACUCUACCUGACUACAACUAAGAAAGAUGCUAUGGAACCUGUAGAUGUCUCCUGACUGAAGAGACGUUAACCUACAGAACCUCUUUCCCUCACCCUCAAGGGGAAAAAAAAGGCAUCUUUGGAUGACAAAGAUCCAGUUCCAUACCCCCUAUAAAAUGUUUACUAUAAGAUGGCCAAUCCCUCUACUAUUGGGCUAUAUCCUUAAUUAAUCUAACGAUGAGCCACUGUUAGUCUGAACAUAUUCCCUACUUAAAUAGCAAAAAAACUUCUUCCUCUUUCUUAAUUGCUUUGGGGUAGGGGAGAAGAGAGACAGACAGGCAGGCAGGCAGAGAGACAGACAGAGAGUGAGUGAGUGUGUGUUCAGGCCCUUUUCCUCUUCAGAAAGCUCAUAAUGUAUAAAUUACUUGUUUAUGUUCAUAUUUAUAUUGUAUCCCUUGGCCCAUUUGUGAAAAAGAACCUGUUGAGACUUUCUCCCUUUUCCAGUCUCAUCCGUAUAUGUUCUGUGACAUUUAAAUAAAAUCAUUACCAGCUCACA